UGUGAAGAGCAAACGUCACAUUGAGUCGACCCUCCGAUCACCUCUGGAUCUCUUUUUGAUUGGGAGGCGGCAAGAAGGGCUGUGAUCUGCGGGACUAAUUCUGCUCCGAGAGGGAGGCGGAGUGAUCUCUCUCCUGGACGUGAUCUCACGUAAACCAACAGAGUGAGCUCUCGGACCCGCAGCCACACAAGUCAGAGCGACGCCGGGGAUGAAGCAACGCGGCAGUAUUACGCACGGAUUCUGCUCUCACACUGCGCGUCUCUUUUAAAAGGAUUUAACAUUGUUUCUUUUUGAUCUCUGGCAAAAAAAAGGCUUUAACCGUCCGACCGUCUUUUUUAUUUUGAUUUUUUUGUUAAGUGUUGGCUUUAUUUACUCCUUACACAUGUAUUUCUCAACCAUUUCCACGAGAAUUGGGUCAUGAGCACAUCGCCCACGGUCUCUGUCCUGAGAAAUAGCACGAAUCCAGCGUGGGAGAGCGGCUCCUCGGGGGAGAAGGGCGCAGUGAAGAUCAACCAGCUAUCCUUUCACAACUCCGUCCAUCCCGCGGACCCUUCUCGCCAAGCCAGUCGUCUUCCCAUUAAGGUUUUGAAAAUGCUUACGGCACGGGCAGGACACCUUUUACACCCGGAGUACCUUCAGCCGUUACCGUCCACUCCUGUCAGUCCCAUCGAGCUGGAUGCCAAGAAAAGUCCUCUGGCUCUCUUGGCUCAAACGUGCUCUCAGAUCGGCAAACCCGACCCGCCGUCCUCCUCCAAACUGUCCUCUGUGACCUCAAAUGGAUCUAGUGACAAAGAGACCAAAUCCGGUCCGCUAAAAAUGAGCGACAUCGGAGCCGACGACAAAUCUAGCUUCAAACCUUACUCCAAAUCGUCGGAGAAGAAGGACUCGAGCAGCAGCCUCAGUGGAGAUAAAACCAGUUUCCGAGUGCCUAGCGCCACCUGCCAGCCGUUCACCCCAAGGACAGGCAGCCCCAGCUCCUGCACCUCAGUGUCUCCACUGCCGGCUGAAGGCAAAGCGGGGGACAAGGAGGAAAAGAAGGAGUCUGAUAGCAAUAAAAGCAGUACGACAGAGAGUAAUGGCAGCCAUAGGAUAAGUGGAAUUACCUCUGAUAGCAGCCAACAUCAGGAGAACACAUCUGGAUCCAAGACUGUUACAUCAGACUCAACAUCUGUAACCUCUUCGUCCUCCUCCGUCCUCGGUUCUGGACUGGUGGCCCCAGUUUCCCCGUAUAAGCCCGGUCAUACAGUUUUCCCCUUACCACCUGCAGGCAUUUCCUAUCCUGGAAGUUUAGCGGGUGCCUAUGCCGGUUACCCGCAGCCGUUCCUCCCUCAUGGAAUGAACCUUGACCCCACCAAAUCCAGCAGUCAGCUUUUAAGUGCGCAAUUUGCUGCUGCCAGCUCACUGGGAUGCAGUAAAGCAGGGACGAGUCCCUUAGCUGGAGCGUCCCCGCCGUCUCUUAUGUCUGCUAGUCUGUGUCGAGACCCCUACUGCCUGAGCUACCACUGCACGAGCCAUUUGUCCGGCGCAUCCAGCGCCAAUUGCGCACACGACUCUGCUGCGGCUGCAGCCGCGGCCGCCUCCGCGCUCAAGUCUGGAUACCCGCUCAUGUACCCGACGCAUCCGUUACACAGCGUGCACUCCUCGGCCCCGUCUUUCAGCGGACAUCCCUUGUAUCCUUAUGGGUUUAUGUUGCCCAAUGACCCCCUGCCGCACGUGUGUAACUGGGUGUCUGCUAACGGACCUUGCGAUAAGCGCUUUUCCUCCUCAGAAGAGCUUCUCGGUCACUUGCGGACUCACACGGCCUUUGCGGGUACGGAGAAGUUGAUAUCUGGGUACCCGGGGUCAUCUUCUCUCGCCAACGCCGCUGCCGCCGCUGCUAUGGCUUGUCACAUGCAUAUGCCUCCUAAUGGCAGCCCGGGCAGCCCCGGCACACUGGCUCUCAGGGGCCCACAUCACCAUCUCGGACUGAGCAGCCGCUACCACCCUUAUUCAAAGAGCCCUCUGCCCACCGGGGCCCCGGUGCCGGUGCCCGCGGCCACAGGGGCUUAUUACUCCCCGUACGCCUUGUACGGACAAAGACUGACAACAGCAUCGGCCUUAGGAUACCAGUAGAGACAAAGAAUUAUACAUUUAUAAAAGGAGAUUUAGGCCCAAUGAGUUUUAUAUUGUACUUCAUGCAGGGACUGGAUCCAUGUGGGGAUCGGUGUAUUUAUUUGCGAUAGCUUCAAGCGUGACUAAAAAUAAAAAAUAAUAUAACUUU